AUGGUCCAAAAAUUUAUCUGCCAGUAUAUCAUCUAUCGGUUCGGCAUUCCGCGUCGACUCAUCUCAGACAAUGGUAGACAGUUCGCCGAACGGAAACUCAAAGAGUGGUGCGAGGAGUAUGACAUCCAAGGGAACUGGGUGGACGAGCUCCCCGGCGUGUUAUGGGCAAUCCGCACGACCCCUAAGGAAGGCACGGGGGUAACCCCAUUCCACCUGGUGUACGACGGUGAAGCGGUCGUCCCAGUCGAGGUCGGAGUCGAAUCCAAUCGAAUACAACACUACAACGAAGACAACGCCGAGUGGAGGCUUCUGGAGCUGGACUUUAUGGAUGAGACGCGCGACAAAGUAGCCGUUUGGCUGAUGGCUUAUAGGCAGAGGAUGAGGCAAAACUACAAUCGACAAGUGAUCUCAAGGUCGUUCCAGGUUGGCGACCUCGUAUGGAAGAAGGUGAAGCUGGUCGGCGACAUCACUAAACUAGAAGCUUCGUGGCCCGGACCAUUCAAAGUCGUGGAGAAGCUCCGCUCUGGCGCUACUACCUAG